AUGCCCACGAAUAACGUCCAAGCUCUUCUUUCCACAAAUAUCCCAGACCCGAGCGAUUUCCCUAUGCCAGACUUGCGACAACUGGAUGCGAGUCUGCGAUGCACAAUUUGCGGCGAAUUGUACGAUGCACCCAUAACACUUGCCUGUGGACACUGCUUCUGCUCACUUUGUAUUCGGGAACACAUUGUCAAAGAAUCGGAGUGCCCAAGCUGCAGGAAGUCGACAAGUGAAGGACAAUUUAGGACAAAUCCAGUUCUUGAGGAAGCAUACAGUUCAACUAUCCUCCGGCUCUCCCGUAAGGAACAAGACCGCACCAGAAGGAGUCAAGAAGAGCAAACAUCCCGCCGGUCCAAAACCCCAUUGACCAACGGUAAGAAGCGCAAGCGGCGCGUUAGCUCAAUGUCUUCCGAUUCGGAUGUCGUUAUGGUUUCGGGUCCUUCUAAUUCAAGUCAGCUCGCCUCUUCCCCGGUACCAAACAAGUCCAGGCGUUCGAGAAGGCAAGAUAUGGAACCUUCGUCGGAUCCACAAGAGGAAGAAAUGGUGCAAGGUUUGGGCAUGGUAAACUGUCCUAUCUGCGAUGUGCCUACUGUCAUGGGAGAUAUCAACACGCAUUUAGACUCGGGAUGCCAGAAAAUUUUAUUUAAUGCAUCCGGUGCUGCGACAUCAGGCGCCAAAGAUCAAUGGACAAAGUUAUUUUUAAAAAAGGGGAAGAAACGUGGAGGCAGGAUUGACGUGGAUGAUGCAACGGAGCGCAUACCCAAGGCCUCAUAUGAUGUAUUGAAGGACAAACAAGUCAAAGACUUGUUGCAUACUCACAAUUUACCCGUCCUUGGUGACCGGAAAACGUGGAUUGCUCGACAUCAACGCUGGGUUAUGAUUUUUAAUGCCAAUUUGGAUAAGUCUGGUUCUAACAGGAAGACUACGAAAGAAUUACGCAAUGAAUUGAAGAAUUGGGAAGAUAAUAGAAAGCGAAGACAUCUUGUGGAUAAUACAGCAACUCACAUGUCGAAUAAUCAAGGAGAGUUUGCACGGCUGAUUGCCGAAGCGCGGAAUAGCAAGGCUAGAAAAGACUCCGGGCCAACAAUCGUGCGGCAACAUCCUCAGGAUGAUGACGUUGUUGUAGAUUCUGAAGAGGAUCAAUCGCUUUUGUAAGCCGAUUAUUCCUAUCUAAAAAUCUGGCUAGGAUGCUACAGACAUGUAUUGUACGUUGUGCUUUAUCGUGCUUUUCGGCAGGUAGCGAGCGCAUGAUUUGAAGACACCUUUACUUUUCCGCCAGCUACUCCAGAGCUGUGUGGGUAACGUGUAUUCAAUUUCCUUCGACCCUCAGAUUUGGGUACACAAUGCCCUUUUCCAUUGGCCCUC